AUGCUGAUAUCCUACCAGAAAGCCGUGCUAGCCACCAUUCCCAAAGAUGACAAGCCAAAGGAGCAGCCGGACAAGGAAGCAUACUAUGCGAUCACUCCCCUUAGAGACUUCGAUUGGCGGGAGACAAAGCCCAUAAAAAUCCGGCCAUUUAAGCCCAAAUACCACUUGACAAUGGCACUCGAAAACACUACUAUCUCUGAACUCAUCGAAAUGGACAAUACCUAUCUCGACCGCCUCACUCUCCGGCGGCAGCUCAUCGCUGACCACGGCGCUCACGUCGUCGCCGCCAUCUCUACCGUCAAACCCGCCGUCGACGAGUUCUACAAGUGGAUGACGGGCGUGUACCUCCCCCGGCGCUUCCCCACUAUCUACUCGCACGCACUGCAGCCAGAAACAGGCCACGCCUACCUCCACAAUCUUGCCACCGGCGAAGCCAUCCCGCUGCAGCCUCCCACUAGCGUCACGGACGCGCUCCGCACCCUUGGUUCCCACGUCGACACCGAAUUCCUGUUCCUCCGUCCAUCGCCCGACCCGAAGGAUGAGGGUAGGUACCGCCUGGAAGGCUUCGCCAAUUGCUCUCCGUCGGGCUUUGACACGCUAGCCAAGCUAGGCCUCCGGCUUGCCGAUAUCCACACGCCUGUUCCUGGUUAUGCGCAAAAGCUAGAGAGAAGCAUGGACCGCUUCUUCGCGGCGCUACCCGUCGGUAAGAUCGUGAAGAGGCACAAUUGGAGCGUGACAAUGAAUAGAAAGCUCUUUUCGCUUGGUGGGAAUCAUCUUUACGAUGGGGAGGAGGUGAAACCGUUGACGAAAGAGGAAGUCGAUAUCGACCAGUGCGUGCUCAGGUGCGAGAGGCAGACGCUACAUCGGCUACGGGAUAAUGAUGAUACUUUGGUGUUCGCUUUCAAAACGUACCAGUAUCCGUUGCAGGACGUCAAGGAGGAGGGUAGCGGAGAGGAGUUGGCACAGGCUGUGGAGGGGUUGAGUAAGGGAAGUGUGCCGCGUAUGGCAUUUUACAAGAGACAGGUCGUGUGGGGAGAGGUGGUCAAGGAGUAUUUGAGAGCCCGCGAUUGA